UUUGCUUCUAAGUACCUAUCACUACUGUGAACUGUGAACAACAAGAAAUGGCACCUGCCUACAAAGUUACAUAUUUUGAACUCACGGGCCUUGGAGAACCUCUCAGAUUUCUUUUAAGUUAUGGAGGGUUUGAAUUUGAUGACAUUCGAAUACCAAAGGAAAAAUGGCCUGCUGUUAAAUCAAGUCUGCCAUAUGGACAACUGCCUAUUCUGGAGUACAAUGGCAAAAUAGCUAAUCAAAGUCUUGCCAUUUGCAGAUAUUUGGCAAAACAAGUGAAACUAGUUGGAAAAGACGAUUGGGAGGAUUUGGAAAUCGAUGCAACUGUUGACACCAUUAAUGAUUUGCGUUUGAAAAUCGCAUUUUACUUUUUCGAGACAAAUGAAAAAAUUAAACUAGAGCUGGCAGGACCCUUAUAUAAUGAAACUAUUCCGUUUUAUUUGGAAAAAUUGGACGCUCAAGUCAAGAAGAAUAACGGCUACUUUGUAAAUGGUCGAUUAACUUGGGCUGAUAUCUUCUUUGUUGCCUUGGAUGAUUACAUGAGCCUCCUGACGAAAAAAGAUUUAACUGUCAAUUAUCCUAAUUUGCAAAUUGUCAAAGAACGGGUUUUGAAAGUGCCCAGAAUCAAAGCUUGGGUGGAUAAACGGCCAAGAUCUAAAUUUUUUGAUUAAAAUUAUUAAGAAAAAAAAAUUGAAAAACGUGCAUAAAUCGCAACUAGUUUUGUACUAAGUUGUUCAGAUUUGCAUAUGAAUAAUAGACACUUUAGGCCAAAUAUUUUUUUCACGAUUUAGAGCGACUUUGAUACACUAUGUUCUAGAAGAAGAGGGAUACAUGUGAUCUAAGAAAUCUAAGAUAAAAAAAAUUAAAACUCGAGGAUAAUAUAGUUGGUAUUUAUGUAGUAGGUAUAACUUUUCUUAAA